UAUUGCUUCAGAGUGUGCACUGUCAGACAUCAGUUCAAUAUACACGCGUGUACGAAGUAGUAAAUAUCGAUAGAUGCGUUCAAUGCAGGCAGGAUGUUAAAAAGCGCAGACAAUCAGGAGACAGAGGGAGUCGUCAGUGAGUCUUCGAUCGAAAAAAUCGAGCAGCGACAAGCAGACACUGACACUGAUCUAGAAGAACAACUGAAGUCUGAUGUAACGUUUGCAGGCCAUCUGUGCAAGCGAACGAUACAGGAGAGACACGGCGUGCUAUAUGCUAGUAAUCCAAAGGGCAAAGCCCUCUUCGCAGUAGUUCGAGGGCAUGGGCUGUUUUUGUACAAAGACCCUGCCUGUUUCCAGCGUGUAAGGCCUCAGGAAGCUAUUUCGCUAAGGCGCUGUUUCUUAGACCCAAACGCCCAAGUUCCACAAGAAGGUGCGUUCGGAAAAGCUGCUGCGUUGUUACAAACGCGAAGUAGAGAAAAGGGCAAAGAUAGAGACUUUUACGGACACACCGUGGCAUUCUAUACAGCACUUGACACAGAGCGAGAUUUUUCGCUGUCCUUCAAUUGCCAAAAAGAUUUCGAGCACUUUGUUUCAAUUUGCAAAGGAAUGGGUCGGAGUGUAAAACCGCAGAAGCAAGACAAUGUAAAAGACAAGAAGAAGAGGAAGUUUGCGACCUGGCGUGGGCAAGGAUCGCGAGAAUUCGCAGAAAAGAAAAUGCUCACAUUCGAGGUGCCACUUCAGGAGUAUCUCAGCCUGAGACCAGAUCUACAAGUACCAUUAAUUGUUACCAAGUGCAUAGACGAAGUGGUGUCAAGGGGGUUGGAUGUUGAAGGUAUCUACCGCAUGGCCGGUGGGAAGACCGUGAUACAAUCCUUGAGAGAAUCAUUUGAUGAGAACGAACGAGUCAUCGAUAUCACCAAUGCAGAUGAGUGGGCGGAUAUACACUGCGUCAGCAACCUGCUCAAACAGUACUUGAGAAGCUUACCAGAGUCUCUGGGAACCCACAAUCUAUACACACAUUUCAUCACGGCGGCUACAACUUUAACGGGCGAUGCACGGAACGCUGUGCUGGCCUUUCUCGUACAAUGUCAUCUCCCUACGGUCAAUUUUACGCUGUUUAGUCUACUGAUGGUACACCUGCGAUCAGUUGUCGCCAUGAGCUACGUUAACAAAAUGAAGACAGAAAAUCUUGCGAUAGUUUUUGGUCCCACCCUCUUCUUUCCUCACAAUGCCGACCCCCUGGAAAUGAUAAGUGAAACAGCCGGUCAGUGCAAGGCAAGUAUCUGA